GGUGAGUACUGGAAAAAAAAAACACCUAUUUCAUUCAUGUGACAACUUAAAAAACAAAGCCCACUCCUAAAGUUUGCCUUUUGCAUAUUGUUUGUUAUUGUGAUGGGUUUGUUUUGGGUCCCUCCAUGUCCUUCCAUGUUUUUGUUAAACAAGUACCAAACAUAUUGAGUGCUAUCAACGGUCUAAUAAGUGCAUGCAUGUGUUCAAAUUGCUGACAACCAAACGGUCUAAUUUUAUCUGGCAUGAAUUAGGGUACCUUGUGAUUACAAAAACAAGAACUUGGCUGUCCGCGUGGAAGAAUCUAGCCAAAAGCCAAACUAUCUAGCAAUUAAGUUCUUGUACCAAGGUGGUCAAACUGAAAUUGUCGCCGUUGAUGUAGCUCAGGUUGGUUCAUCGAAUUGGAAUUUCAUGAGCAGAAAUCAUGGUGCUGUUUGGGACACAAGUAGAGUUCCAACUGGGCCAUUGCAAUUCCGGUUUGUUGUGACAUCUGGUUAUGAUGGGAAGUGGAUUUGGGCACAAAAAGUCCUACCUGCUGAUUGGAAAAAUGGGUUGAUCUAUGAUUCCGGAGUACAGAUCACUGAUAUUGCACAGGAGGGUUGUUCUUCAUGUGAUGAUGGAAGCUGGAAAUAAGACAUCUUCGUUCAUUGCUAGUGUGAAUGCAAUGCACACAAUAGGCGUCCCAGUCAAGAACACACAGUGAAUUUGGUUAUACAAAAGAUUAGGGUGUGACAUUACAAUUGGAAUAGCUAUGUUUUGAAACUUAAGAAAGAAAAAAAAAUGAUAACCUUUGUUGCUUUGAGGAGCUUUUGUUACUAGGACAAAGCUUUUAUUGUGUUAGCACCAAAAAAGAAUAACCAGACUUUUGCUUGGGUAACCCAGCGGUAUUAUUGAUGUGCUGUAGCAUAUUUUUUCCCCUC